AUGGCUACUUCACGAGCAUUGUACAUGGAGUCAACCAUAAUUCCUGAAUUUGUUGCUAGGGUCUCAUGGAGAGUCAAUUUGUCAAACGUUGCCACCAAGUUUGCUGCAAUGAAUCUAAUGGAAAUGAGGAUGUUGCAAGCGCAUGAGCCUGUCUUCUCAAGGAUCACUCUAUACAAAUUCAGUAGGAAGAGAACCGCCUCUAAUCUUCACACUACCUUACAAGGCAAGAUUGUCAGAAAGAUGGAAGUGUCUGAAGAGGAGAAGAUCUUAUAUGGUGGGGAGGAGUUUGAAGAUAUGAGAUGUAAUUUGUAUGAUUCAUUAUUUGAAUUUGAUUCCAGAAGGAGGAAACAUGAAGAAAUUGAAGAUGUAGUUCCUCCCAAACCCGACAUGAGGAAGAGAAGACAAAUUACUCACCUCGGCACCUCUCAUUAUGUUCCUACCAAACCUUUCACGAGGAGAAGAACCUGCAUCCCUACUCCCAGCCCUAGCAGCUCUUAUUCUAUCGAGAGCACCAUCAGGACUCAAGAAGAUGAUGAUGGUUCUCAAAUGACUCCAACAUCAACAAAUCCUCAGGAUGAUGAUGGCCCUCAAAGCAGGAGGAGAUUGAAGGAGAAGAAGGAGGAGAAUGUUGAGGUGAAGGAGGAAGACAAGGAUGAGAUUGAGGAUAAAGAUGUAGAUGUGUUUGUGGAUAAGAAGAAAAAGAAGAAGAAUAAUGAAGGUGGAGGAGAAAAAGAAGAACGACAAGAAGAGGUGGUGGAGAUCUUGGAUGUGGUGGUGGAGAAGAAGAAGAACGACAAGAAGAAGGUGAAUGAGGAAGACAAGGAUGGGGAUCUAUUGGAAGACAAGGAUGAGGAUGUGGAGAGGGUGAAUGAGGAAGACAAGAAUGAUGAUCUGUUGGAAGACAAUGAUGAGGAUGUGGAGAAGAUGAAUGAGGAAGAAAAGGAUGAGGAUUUGUUGGAGGAUAAGGAUGAGGAUCUGAUGAAUGAGGAAAAUUUGGAAAAAGUGAAUGUAUUGAUUGAGGAUCUAGUGAAUGAGAUGGUGGAGGAAGAUGUGAUGAAUGAGAAGAUUGAGAAAUUGAAUGAGAAGAUUAAGGAUGUGGUGAAUGAGAUGUUGGAGGAAGAUGUGAUGAAUGGUGAGAAGAUUGAGAUAUGUACAAUUCACGCAUUUUGUCUAAUUUGCGCAUUUUGUCUAGUUUUUUUGUACAAUUCACAUAAGAUUGAUGAUGUGCAGAAGUUGAAUGAUGUGGUGGAUAAGGUGAAUGAGAAGGUAGAGGAAGAUAUGAUGAAUGAGAAAGAUGUUGUGCGGAAGGAUGAAAUUGAUGAUGUGCAAAAGUUUAAUGAGAAGAUUGAGGAUGUGGUGGAUAAGGUGGAGGAGGAUAUUGUGUUGAAGGAUGAGAAGUUUAAUGAGAAUAUUGAGGAUGAGAUGGAUAAGGUGAAUGAUAAGGUGGAGGAGGAUGUUGUGUUGAAAGAUGAGUUUAAUGAGAAAAAUGAGGAUGUGGUGGAUAAGAAGUUUAAUGAGAAGAUUGAGGAUGUGGUGAAUGAGAUGGUGGAAGAAGAUGUGAUGAAUGGUGAGAAGAUUGAGAUUGAGGAUGUGGAGAAGGUGAAUGAGAAGGAUGCGGUCCUCAAGGAUGAGGAUCUAGAGAAGGAUGUGAAGAAAAAGGUGGACAAGAAAAAGGUGCAGAAAAAGAAUGUGCAGAAGAAGAAGGUGGAGAAGAAGGAAGACAAGGAGGAGAAGGAUGUAUUUGUGGAGAAUGUGGAGAAGAAGGUAGACAAGGAGGAGGAGGAUAUAUUUAUGGAGAAGGUGGACAAGAAGAAUGAAUACAAGGUAGAGGAGAAGGAGGACAAUAAGAAGGACAAGUAG